AAUAAAGUUUGUCAUUUGAAGUGACGUGGAACUGCCAAACUGAAAUCAGAAAUUAAAUGUGUGAUUCGUUCAAAAAUUAUUAGUUUUUGUGUGAUGUAUAAACAACGUUGCUGAAUAUCUGUAAUACGAAAUUGACAGACAAUUGGUUUUCUCGUUGAAAACAGGAUGACCACUUACGAGGAAUACAUUCAGCAAAAUGAAGAUCGAGACGGCAUACGAUUCACUUGGAAUAUGUGGCCGUCGAGUCGAAUUGACGCCACCCGACUCGUCGUUCCAUUGGGCUGUCUGUAUCAACCGCUGAAAGAGCGCAACGAUUUGCCCGUGAUCAAUUACGAUCCGGUCGUUUGUCCACGAAGCAAUUCAUGCAAGGGCAUUUUGAAUCCAAUGUGUCAGGUGGACUAUCGUGCCAAGCUUUGGGUCUGUGUGUUUUGCAACCAACGCAAUCCGUUCCCACCGCAAUAUGCUGCUAUUACCGAAACGCAUCAACCGGCGGAACUAAUCCCCGGUUUCAGUACCAUUGAAUAUACUUUGACGAAAGCGCCGAGCCUACCGCCCGUAUUCUUGCUGGUUGUGGAUACAUGUAUGGACGAUGAAGAGCUGAGCGCUUUGAAGGAUUCAUUGCAAAUGUCGCUCAGUCUGUUGCCGCCGAACGCACUCAUCGGCCUGAUAACCUUCGGCAAAAUGAUUCAGGUGCACGAAUUGGGCACGGAAGGUUGUUCGAAAAGCUAUGUCUUUCGUGGCACCAAAGACCUGACGGCCAAACAGAUACAGGACAUGCUGGGCAUCGGUCGUGGACCAGCCAAUCCGAAUCAGCAACAACAGCAGAUGCCGAGAGGUGGUCCGGGUCCGAUUCCAGCAGCGAAUCGAUUCUUGCAACCGAUCCACAAGUGUGACAUGGCGCUGACUGACUUGUUGGGUGAACUUCAGCGAGAUCCAUGGCCAGUGCCACAAGGUAAACGAUAUCUGCGAUCGACGGGAGCAGCACUUUCGAUUGCUGUUGGCUUACUCGAAUGUACCUAUCCGAAUACGGGAGCGAGAAUUAUGACGUUCGUCGGUGGUCCAUGUUCCCAAGGUCCCGGUCAAGUUGUCAACGAUGAGCUGAAAGAACCAAUCCGAUCGCAUCACGACAUUCACAAGGACAACGCCAAGUACAUGAAGAAAGCCAUCAAGCAUUACGAUGCAUUGGCAUUGCGAACGGCCACCAAUGGACAUUGCAUCGACAUCUAUUCGUGCGCCCUGGACCAGACAGGACUGCUGGAAAUGAAACAAUGUUGCAAUUCGACUGGUGGUCACAUGGUGAUGGGAGAUUCGUUUAAUUCGUCGCUGUUCAAGCAGACCUUCCAGAGGGUGUUUGCCAGAGACAGCAGUGGCAAUCUGAAAAUCGCUUUUAAUGCAACGGUUGAGGUGAAAUGUUCGAGAGAAUUGAAAAUCGAGGGCGGAAUCGGUUCGUGUGUAUCGCUAAAUGUGAAGAACAGUUCUGUGUCGGACACUGAAGUUGGCAUGGGCAAUACGGUUCAAUGGAAGCUGUGCACAUUGAACCCGAAUUCGACGAUGGCUUUCUUUUUCGAAGUUGUCAAUCAGCAUGCGGCACCGAUACCGCAAGGUGGCCGAGGUUGCAUUCAAUUUAUUACUCAAUAUCAGCAUUCAAGUGGCCAAAGACGCAUCAGAGUCACGACAGUUGCGAGAAACUGGGCCGAUGCCACGUCCAAUUUGCAUCACAUUAGUGCUGGAUUCGAUCAGGAGGCAGCUGCUGUUCUAAUGUCCAGAAUGGUCGUUUACAAAGCCGAAUCAGAUGACGGUCCUGAUGUGCUCAGAUGGGUGGACAGAAUGUUGAUCAGAUUGUGUCAGAAAUUCGGCGAAUAUAGCAAGGACGAUCCGAACAGUUUCCGGUUGGCAGAGAAUUUCAGUCUCUAUCCGCAGUUCAUGUAUCACUUGCGUCGUUCGCAAUUUUUGCAAGUUUUCAACAAUUCACCGGAUGAGACGACAUUCUAUCGUCAUAUGUUAAUGAGAGAAGAUCUUACGCAGUCGUUGAUCAUGAUCCAGCCGAUAUUGUACAGCUAUUCAUUCAACGGUCCACCGGAACCAGUGUUGCUGGACACAUCGUCGAUACAGCCGGAUCGCAUACUUCUGAUGGACACAUUUUUCCAAAUAUUAAUUUUCCACGGCGAAACGAUCGCACAGUGGCGAGCGCUGAAGUAUCAGGACAUGCCCGAAUACGAGAAUUUCAAGCAAUUGCUUCAAGCACCGGUCGAUGAUGCACAAGAAAUCCUGCAAACUCGCUUCCCCAUGCCAAGGUACAUCGAUACUGAACAGGGCGGUUCGCAAGCACGAUUCUUACUGUCGAAAGUGAAUCCCUCACAGACACACAACAAUAUGUACGCGUACGGUCAGCCCAUGAUUAGUUCGAGCUCGGAUGGCGGCGCUCCAGUCCUAACCGAUGAUGUUUCACUGCAAGUGUUUAUGGAACAUCUGAAAAAGCUGGCGGUCUCAUCGACCACUUAGACCAUAUUUUAUAUUUUAUUUUUUACGGUAUUUGUUGCAAUUGAUAAUUUGCUGCUAUUCCUGCAAUAGAAGAUAAUAAAAAAGAGAAAAAACGAAAUAUUCAGGAUCCCAUAAACCACAA